UUUCAGGAUGAAGUACCGUCUUCUCCUCAUUCUCCACUUGAUAGACUUAAUAUCAUGCGGAGUUAUACCUAAUACUUCCAAAAAGCGAUUCCCGGACGCAAUCAUUGUUGGCGUGAAGAAGUCUGGAACUCGAGCCCUUUUGGAAUUUCUUCGAGUCAAUCCGCUGAUCAAGGCGCCUGGUCCCGAAGUUCACUUUUUUGAUAAAAAUUUCAACAAAGGACUGGAAUGGUACAGGGAACAAAUGCCGGAAACCAAAUUUGGAGAGGUGACGAUUGAAAAAAGUCCGGCGUAUUUCCACAGCAAAAUGGCUCCGGAGAGAAUCAAAUCUUUAAAUCCGAACACUAAAAUCAUAAUUGUGGUUCGAGACCCAGUGACAAGAGCAAUAUCUGACUACACACAAUCAUCGAGUAAGCGAAAGCGAGUUGGCCUGAUGCCAAGUUUCGAAACAAUGGCGGUUGGAAAUUGUGCUAACUGGCUCCGAACAAACUGUACCACAAAAACACGCGGAGUCAAUGCUGGAUGGGGAGCAAUCAGAAUCGGGGUCUACCAUAAGCACAUGAAACGAUGGUUGGAUCAUUUCCCAAUUGAGAACAUCCAUAUUGUAGAUGGAGAAAAACUUAUUUCAAAUCCAGCGGAUGAAAUCAGUGCAACCGAGAAAUUUUUAGGCUUAAAGCCAGUAGCCAAACCUGAAAAAUUCGGAGUGGAUCCAAUCAAGAAGUUUCCUUGCAUCAAAAAUGAAGAUGGCAAACUGCACUGCCUUGGUAAAACAAAGGGAAGACAUCAUCCAGACGUUGAGCCAUCGGUUCUAAAAACAUUGAGAGAAUUCUAUGGACCUGAGAACAAAAAGUUUUAUCAAAUGAUCAACCACUGGUUUGAUUGGUAGAUCAAUUUUUUUUCAUCUUGUUUUAUUUUGUAGCUAGUCAUUGUCUUGAACUUGCCCGUGUUCCUGUUGAAUUUCUUUUUUUAUCGGUUGAUUUUUACGGGUUUCUAUUAAAUUUGUUUUACUUUUUUUAAAACAAGAAUAAAAUAGUUAUAAAAAAU